AUGUCGAGUAGCUCGGGAAGUUUCUCAGGAAGAAGUAGCUCAGCUUGUAGUUCCACAAGUGAUUGCCAAAACUCCUUUGAUGCUGAAGACCUUCUGCAGAUUGGGUCAAGACGCAUGGAGCUAAGGAAAGAAAAGGACUUGCUGAAAGAAUCGCAGCCUCAUAGUAUCGAGCUAGUCAGAAGGUUGGAACUCCAGACAAAGUCAUUAUCGGAAUCCCGCUUAGAAGACACGGCCAGAAUUCAGACCAUGGUGAAAGAGUUGUUGAACUGCUAUAAAGAGAUUGAUUACUUGCGGGAUCAACUUAUUUUUAGAAGCAAGGAAGUGAGUUAUCUCAGUGAAUAUGUCCACAAUCUUGAAUGCAAAUUCGCUGAAUCAAGGAACGUGGAAGAAGAAGUUAACUGUUUGAGGGAGGAGCUGUGUAUGUCUAAAUCCGAGAGUUUGUUGUUGUUGCAAGAACUCGAGAGCAAAGAGACAGAGCUACAUUGUUCGUCUCUUUCUGUACAGAAACUAGAGGAGACUAUCUCAUCCUUAACGUUGGAGUCCUUGUGUGAAAUUGAAAGCAUGAAGCUUGAUAUAACAGCGUUGGAGCAAUCACUCGUUGAUGCUAUGAAAAUCCAAGAAGAAAGCAUCCAAGAAAAAGAUCACCUAAGAGGGAUAAUCGAAGAGUUCCAGUUUCAGUCUCAAGAGGCACAAGUGAAUGCCAAGUCGUUUGAGAAGCAAAACCAAGAGCUGAGGGAGAGAAUCGCAGCCUCUGAAAAGAGUAUCAAAGAGUUUUUACAAAGUACUAAAGAACGGUUAGAAAGUGAGAACGAACAACAACCCCUUAAUGCAGAGUGCUUCUUUACUGAAUUGAGCCUUCUGUUUCCAGUGUCCUGUGAAGUUCGGGAAUGUUUCGAUGCAAUCAUUAAGAAACUAGAACUUUCCCUGAACAUGACUUUCAUUGAUAAAAUGGAGGGUAUGGGGAAACAGAUACAGCUGCACGAAGAUCUUGUAAAGCGGCUCAAGGAGGAACUGAAACAGGAGAAACUGAAGGCGAAGGAAGAAGCGGAAGAACUUACGCAAGAAAUGGCUGAACUAAGGUAUAAGAUGACAUGUUUGCUCGACGAAGAACGGAAACGCCGUGUGUGCAUAGAACAAGCGUCAUUACAGAGAAUUUCAGAACUAGAAGCCCAGAUCAAGAGAGAGACGAACAAGCUAUCUUCCAAUAAUAUGCUGCCUAUCUCCGGGUCAUGAAAAGGGCAAGAUGGUCAAGAAUCCCAUCUCGAAAAGAAUUAUAACCAUACACUAAAUUCAAUAGCUGCGAAUCAGACUCUUCCUCCAGCAAGGUUUCCACCUUAGUUCUAUGCUUGGAAGGUGAUGGGAUCUUAAUUUCACAUCAAAUCGCAGGAUGGUGAGGAAUCCAAGAGACUUGAAGUGGCUGUAGAGACACAAGUCAUACAACAAGAGGUCUGAGUUAAAUCAUUUGACUAAAUGUGUCGAAGAGUUUAGAUUUAGAGAUUGUUUCUUGUUCUUCUAGCUUUUAGAGUGCCUGGAACAUAGUGAGUGUAUUUAUAUUCUUUGUUCGUUUUGAUAAGAGAAAAACGGCAUGAUGCUUAAGCUAAUUUAAAC